AUGACUUCCCAGUGUCACGACCGAUUGUCCUCAGGGGUCCGGAAUGAUCAACAAGAUGCCUGGCUCUUCAAGUUGCCACUUGAGAUUUUGCGAGACAUAUACAGAUAUCUCUUUGGAGACCGAACCAUUUUUGUACAUACCAGAUGGUAUUCUGAGCCCGAGUGUUGGACACAUGGUUUGAUCAUUAAAGGCCCUGACAAAACACACAAUGACACUGAGGACCGUCUAUCUUUUAACAUUCUCCAAAGCUGUACUUUGGCAUACGCCACAGGUAUUGAUGAGCUGUAUUACUCAAACGACUUUGGUCUCGUUGUUGACGACGUGCCUUGCGACAGGGCUAUGGGGGGGGGUAAGAACAAUGCAUAUUUGGAGCUGGUGCCUACGAUGGUUGACAUCGCGAAAGGACAGCUAGAAAGAUUCGGAUGCCAGAACAAGGAAAUCGAGGUCACUCUUGUGCAAUACGUGGAUGAAUCGGAUGAGGAAGAUGACUGA